AUGGCUGACGACAUCGUCAUCGACAAGCAGCUCUUUCACGACCGGCUGGGCAACUUUGUCGCAAAGUGGAAGGCCGACAAGCGCUCGGGCGAUGCCGUUUUCCAGGGCGCCGGCUCCAUCGCCACGGUCGUUGGCAAGGCGAGCGAGCCGGGCAGCUACCUGAAGCCCGCAGCUUUCCAGCUGUGGCUGCUAGGCUACGAGUUCCCUGCAACGCUCUUCAUCCUCACCCCCGACCUCCUCCAGAUCGUCACCACAAAGAAAAAGGGUGCGACGCUGCUAACAAAGCACGCAGCCUCGUACCUCGAGCCCCUCAAGGGCGGCAAGGUGCCCAUUGAGAUCCUCGUGCGCGGCAAGGACGCCGAGGAGAACAAGAAGCAGUUCCACACAUGCAUCGACACUCUCAGGAACGCCGGCAAGAAGGUCGCCGUGCUCAAAAAGGACAGCUCCACGGGCGGCUUCGCAGACGAGUGGAAGGCUGCGUUCGCCGAGGCCGGCGUCAAGGAGGACGACCAGGUUGAUCUGGCGUCUAUCCUCUCGCAGGCCGCCCUCUCUGUCAAGGACGAGAAGGAGCUGCGCACCAUCCGCGACGCUUCCCGCGCAUCGAGCGCUCUCAUGACCAACUACUUCGUCGAGGAGAUGUCCGACAUCCUCGACUCCGAGAAGAAAAUCACCCACCGAGCGCUCGCCGACAAGGUUGCGAACAAGAUCGACGAUGCCAAGUUCUUCGAGAAGCAAAAGGUCUCCAAGAAUUUCGACGCCAUGCAGCUCGACUGGUGCCUGCAACCUACGAUCCAGAGUGGCGGCGCAUACGAUCUCAAGUUCGCGGCCGAGCCGGACGAGAACAACCUGCACGCCGGCGUUAUCAUCUCCGUGCUCGGUCUGCGCUACCAGACAUACGGCGCUAUGGUCGGUCGAACGUACAUGGUCGGACCCAACAAGGAGCAGGAGACGGCGUACAAACUGCUCUUGGCCAUGCACGAUUUGGUCAUCAAGUCGAUCAAAGACGGCGCAGUUGCCAAGGACAUCUACAACAAGGCCCUCUCGCACCUGAAGUCGAAGAAGCCGGAGUGGGAGAAGCACUUCCCCAAGAACGUCGGGUACGGCAUCGGCACGGAGAACAAAGACAACUCCCUGCUUCUGAGCGGCAAGAACGUGCGCGUUCUCAAGGACGGUAUGACCAUUGUCGUGCAAACGGGUCUGCAGGACCUGGAGAACAGCAAGCCGCAAGACAAGAAGAGCAAGACAUACUCCCUCGUUCUCGUGGACACAGUUCGCGUUGGGCAGGGCGAUGCUUCUGUCUUCACCAAAGACACCACAUCUGAUCUGGACGCCGUUUCGUUCUUCUUCGACGACGAGGAAGAGGAGGCUAAGCCGAAGGUCAAGAAGGAGCGCGCGCCGGCGAUCGCACAGACGAACAUCACCAAGACACGCACGCGACACGAGCGAACAACCAACCAAGACGCCGAGAAGGAAGAGCAGAGGCGGCAGCAUCAGCGCGAACUUCACCAAAAGAAGCAACAGGAAGGCUUGGAACAGUACAGCGAGGGCGCCAAGUCUCUCAACGGCACCGAAGAGAAGAAGUUCAAGCGCUUCGAAUCGUACAAGCGCGACAACCAGCUGCCAAACUCGGUCGCGAACCUGGAGAUUGUGGUGGACAAGAAAAGCCAAACAGUCAUCCUGCCGAUCAUGGGUCGCCCGGUUCCCUUCCACAUCCACACCAUCAAGAACGCCUCCCACACACCCGAGGCUGAUGUCACGUCACUUCGUAUCAACUUCCUCUCCCCUGGUCAGGGCGUCGGCCGAAAGGACGACCAGCCCUUCGAGGACCCCAAUGCCCACUUCAUUCGCAGUCUGACUUUCCGCUCUCAGGAUAUCGACCGCAUCGACCAAAUCACCAAGGACAUCACUGAGCUGAAGAAGGAGGUCGUACGACGAGACCAAGAGAAGAAGCAGCUGGAAGAUGUCGUUGAGCAAGACAAGCUCGUUCCCAUGAAGACUCGCAAGCCCUUCACUCUCGAUCUCAUCUUCAUUCGACCCGCACUCGACGGCAAGCGUAUUCCCGGUAGCAUCGAGAUCCACCAGAAUGGUCUGCGAUAUGUCCACGGUGGUGGCAGCGCGAGGAUUGAUGUUCUCUUUAGUAACAUGAAGCAUCUGUUCUUCCAGCCGUCGCAACACGAGCUCAUUGUCAUCAUCCACGUCCAUCUCAAGAACCCCAUCAUGUUGGGCAAGAAGAAGACCAAGGAUGUACAGUUCGUCCGUGAAGCUACAGAAAUGCAAUUCGACGACACAGGCAACCGCAAGCGCCGCCACAAGUUUGGUGACGAAGAGGAGUUCGAGCAAGAACAGGAAGAGCGCAGGCGACGAGCAGCGCUCGACAAGGAGUUCAAGAACUUCGCCGAGAAGAUCGCAGAUGCCGCACGCAACGAGAACGUCAGCGUCGAUAUCCCGUACCGCGAGCUUGGCUUCAACGGUGUCCCCGCUCGGUCCUCCGUCCUGAUCCAGCCGACAACCGACUGCUUGGUCCAGCUCACAGAACCUCCCUUCACAUGUCUUACGCUUUCCGAGAUUGAGAUUGUCCACCUCGAACGUGUGCAGUUCGGUCUGCGAAACUUCGACAUGGUCGUUGUCUUCAAGGACUACAACCGCCCACCUGUCCACAUCAACACCAUUCCCGUCGAGUCACUCGACCCCGUCAAGGACUGGUUGGACUCUGUCGACAUUCCCUUCAGCGAAGGCCCGCUCAACCUGAACUGGGCCACCAUCAUGAAGACCGUCACCUCCGAUCCGCAUCAAUUCUUUGCCGAUGGUGGCUGGUCGUUCUUGUCGACGGAGUCGGAUGACGAGGACGGCGACGAAGAAGAGGAGGAGUCUGCGUUCGAGGUCUCGGAGUCCGAGCUUGCGAUCUCGGAUGAGUCGUCUGAAGAAAGUGACUUUGAUGAGAACGCUUCCGAGGAAAUGAGCGACGAGGGCUCGGAAGAUGACAUGUCAGAAGGCGAAGACUGGGAUGAGCUGGAGAAGAAGGCGGCGAAGAAGGACAAGGAGAGCACACUGAAUGACGAGGAUGAGAAGCCGAAGAAGAGGAAGCGCUGA